AUGUCGGUCUCUCCUUGUUCCUCUCCUGCGCCAUCCAUUUCACCAUCGCCCUCACCCUCACCCUCGCCGCCGUCAUCCGCAUCUACCCCGCCACAGUCACUGUCACCCGAGUCGACCUACCCCGCACCCGUAUUAUGUGACGACGCCGCCUCUUGCACAAACGCGCUCAGCUCCCUGUCUUCCUGCACCACUCUGAUCUUAGACUGUGAAGGCGUCGACCUGGGCACGGCCGACGGGGAGCUCUGUCUGCUUACCCUCCAAGCCGUAGCUCCUCAAAUCAAUCCGAGUCCUGCCAUCACCACGGACCCGCCGCCCUCUGAAUCUCCUCCAGUUUAUAUAUUCGACAUCACGACACUCAAACGAAUUAAUCAUGACUUACAACCCGUCUUCCGCCUCCUCACCUCCCCCUCCAUCCUCAAAAUAGUCUGGGACGGCCGGAUGGACUAUAGCGCUCUACACCACUCAUCCGACCUGCACGUCGAUCUCAAUCACGUACUCGACCUCCAAGUCGUGGAUCUGCAUUCGCGUACCGUCCGCGGGGAAGGCAAAGCCGAUCAUCUGAAGAGGUUACGAGAUGGUUGUGUGUUGGCGAGGCUGCUGCAGAGGGACGACGCGUGGUGGAGAUAUCGGAAUGUAAGGCGGGUGUCGAGUUUGUUGCAGGCUGUGAAAGAACACCGACCGGAGGGUUUUGAGCGGUUCAAGAAGGAUCGAGUCAAUCACAACCUCUGGUCCACCCGCCCCCUCCCCGCCGAACAUCUCAAGUACGCCGCCACAGACAUCCACAUGAUUGCAUCUCUCCACGCCUACUUCCUCGCCCGCAAAUAUAUAACCCCAAAAUCUCGAGAGCCUCUCUUAACUGAGAGCGAACGCUACAUCACUUACUGGUCCGAUCGUCAGCCUUCCGGUGUCACUCGAAACUAUUUCGAACAGAACCCGUUCCUGCCACUCGAACUCAUCGACGAUCCCGGCCCUCUUCGCCGAGGUGGAAGGCAGACUAACGAGCCCGAGCACGAGCCCGCGACGGUGAAGAAGAUGUGUAAGAAAUGUAAGCGUGCGUUGAGCCAGGGUAGUUUCAAUAGGGCGGGGUGGACGAAGACGAGUCUGAGGUGUUGUUGGGUGUGUUGGGCGGUGACGGAUAAUUUGUGGCAUUGGAAGACGAGGGAUAGGAUGAUGCAGAAGAAGGAUGAGGAGAGGGCGCGUAGGGAACUGGAGUCUGCGUCCUCUCCAGAUGCGGUUGAGCCGGUGGAGGAACAGGGAACUUCUCGUCAACGACUCUAG